AUGUGAUUUCACCAACUGACCUAUCGGACCGAGGCACAUUCUCCUAGGUUGAAUGUUAUUUAAAGCGCACGGCCAGAGCGACGGUCAAAGCGCUUUUCUUUAAUCAAGCUGCCAACAUUUAAAUGUCAAACGAGUCACCCACCUUUUUCCAAGUUCCUAGAUUUUCACAACUCCACCUUCCAGAGUACCAUACUUUCCUAUUACAUAUCCCUACAUACCUCCCUAUUUGAUUCCUGGUGCACUAUUCCGACCCUUGCAUAAAGACCUUCCAUUCUCAACAUUGGUUAAAUGUGAAUGUUUAUGAUAACCAGAAGAGUUGUGAAGCACGGUGUCGCCAAGCCGCUCUAUACACGGUAUCUCAAGAAUCGAUGCUCUGAUGCCGCCAAAGGACAUACCCAUCAGCGCCUCAUCGGUGGGAUCUGAUAACCAGCCACAGACUUGCAGAUUAACCCCAUUAGAGGAUGCUGUUAAACUUACUUCUUCAGACAAUGAAGAUAACUGCUUCUUGGGAUAUCUACCUGAAGAUUGGUGUACCAACGGGGAUCUUGGCCUUCAAGCCUAUGGAGGGUUUUGCACUGCUCUGAUAGUCAGUGCUAGUGGCAAAUAUUUUGGCUCAAGACAUCCGCAGUCAGGCCAACCUCACUGCGUCUCUCUCCAUAUUCAGUUUUUAAGGCCUCUCCCCUGUGGACCGUUCAAAGUCAGUUUUGAGGAUAUACGAAAGGGUUCCCGAUUCUCAAUUAUUGAAGCAAAAAUAUGUCCAAGGGAUACUGCAUUUUCGAGUCCGUAUAUAUUAUCUAUCAUUACUCUCGGCAAUUUGCAUCGACGAACUGGACCAAGCAUCAGCUUGCAAUCAAAGCCGAUACCAAACAGGCUGAAGGAUUGUGUUCCGUGGAAGCAUGAUUACUUUGAUCCCAAUAUAAACCCUCCCGGCGCUCGCUUCAAAUUUCUUGUUCCAAAAGGAGGUCCCACUCUCUUGUGGAGUCCUACCCGGGGACAGAAUGCUCGGGAUCAGUGGGCAAAGGUAGCUGGAGAGAAUGAGACCUUUAACCUGGAGUAUUUGGGCUUACUCGCAGAUUCGGUCCCUGCCCUUCCUAUGAACUAUGAUCCUCAAGGUCUGAAGGCCACCGAAACGUGGGCCUUUCCUACGGUCAGUCUGUCCUUGGACAUUCGCGAAGACCCAACUGGAAAGGAGUGGGUACUUGUUCGUUCAAGGAUGCGGAGCCUACAUAAUGGCCGCUUUGAUAUGGAGAUGCAAAUGCUAGAUGAGAGCAAUAACCUGGUGGCAACGUGUCGGCAUAGCUGCAUCAUGUUGGCGAGAAGGAGCGGUCAAGGACGUCCAGUCAGCCCCAAAGCUACUUUAUAAACCCGCCUAUCGCGCCGAGCAAAGUAAUCCAGGGCGGUAUACCCUUAAAGCCGUCAUCUUCCCUGCAAUUUCACUCGGAACUGAUCUCCGGUCUAGAGUUUCGUAAUUGUAGAGUGAGCUGUAUUAACGUUGAUAAGCCUACAAGAGGAAAGGCCGAGAGAGCGACCCGCCAUAGUGAUAGUUAAGGGGUUGAAAAAAUGAUCAAAGCCUUGCAUGCACCUUAGCAAUAAAUCUGGCCGCUGGAGAGAGGUAGGCACGAGGCAAGAUGACAGCUUAUAACACAUGCUCUAAGACACCUAAGACCACCGUAGAGCCUAUGCCUUCUGC